AUGGCCCGUGCAGCCCGGGCAACCGAUGACAUUCGGGAGAUCCGCCAAGCGGCGGACCAACUGCUGCGCCUGGCCACCGGGGCGCCGGCCGGCGAGUAUCAGCCGUCUCCAGCUGCGGCGGAUCCGGACGCCGCAGCGGCGGCCCUCAGGGCCUUUGACGUGAACCAGGCAGCCGCCGCCUGGCAGCGGUACCACAGCCAUCCUCGGGCCGGGGCGUUGGUUCGCUGGGCCGGGGCGUAUCUGAACCCGGCGGCGCCCGGCUUCGCGGAUCAGGCGCUGGAGGCUCUGCGGCAGGCGGCCGCCGGCCCCACCCCCGAGGGGGCCAAGCCCGCCAGCCCCCCCGGCACCGACGACUGGAGCACCCUCCCCCCGGCCGAGCAGGACCUGGCCGACCGCGAGAUGCUGGACUUUGUCUUUCUCAUUGACCUGCUGAACUUUGGCACCUGGCCCGAUCCGGAGGAUGUGGAGGCCGCUCGGCAGGCGGGCGCCGCGCAUGGCGGCGUCUUCGGUGUCACCUGGGCCGGUCGCCGACAGGAGGGCUAUGCCGGGUUGUGUGCGGCGGUGUUGCGCGCGGCCGCGGCCGGGGUGCCAGUCGCACGACCGGCCUUCUGGCUGGCGGCAGACGAUCGCCUGCUGGAGGCGGUCUUCCUCGGGGAGGCCGGCGCCCCGGGCAUUCCCCUGCUGGCCGAGCGGGUGGCCCUGCUUCGGGCGGCCGGCCGCGGCUUGGCCGAGCAUGGGCUGACCUCGUACGCGGAAUUCGUCGACCGCUUCGCUCGGUGUGGCUCGCUCAAGGUGUCGGGACCCGGAGGCAUGCAGCUGUGCGCGUGUGGCACUCUCCCGGGCCGGAGCGGGCCGCCCUGUGCGCAGGCCCUGCUCCGGGCCCUCCAGGCGGGCCUGCCGGCGGCCUGCUUCGCCGGCGAUGUGGCCAUCUACGCGCCGGCCCCCAGCGGAUCGGAUGCGGUCGACUGGCUGGACCACGUCAGCCCGGCCCCCGGCGAGACCUACUUCGAUGGCGAGCACGGCCAGGGGCCUUCCUUCCAGGUGCCGCUGUUGAAGCGCGCGCAAAUCCUGGUGGCAGACACCUGGGCCGCGGUAAGUGGCCGCGGCCCGGCCGCCUUCGUCCCGGCCUCCAUCCAAAAGCUGACCAUGUUCGCUGAUAACCGCGUGCCGCAGGCCCUGCGGCAUAUUGGCAUGCUGCAAAUUGUCGCCCCGCCGCUGGAGGCGCGCUUGCGGCGGAGUGCGCAGGCCGGCCCCUCGUCCGCUGGCGGGGCCGCCGGCUCGGCCUCCUCGGCCUCUGGCUACGGGGCGGCCUACGGCCGUGGGGCUGCCUUCGGUCGCGAUGCCUAUCUGGAUGCCGGGUCCUCGGCCGAGAUCGAGAUUCGGGCUGCCAGUGUGGUGGCGGUCGACCGGCUGCGAGCCGAGAUGCAGCAGACCUUGGCCCAGGCGGCCCAGCAUGGCCGGCGGUCUGCCCCGACAGUGACGGCCCUGCAGAUCGAUUACCUGCUGUGGGAGUGGGCCAAGCGCGACGCCGCGGCCAUGGCCGACAUCUCCACCCACCGGACCCGGACCACCAACUAUUGA